AUGACAAGGCCCAGGGUUCCCAUUGCGGGCCCCAGGCAGAGAGUCAUUCCUGGGACCCCUGGACAGAUCCCAGCCUACACCGACUGGAGGAAUCCUGGAUUAGGCAAUUCUAUUCCGGACUCACAGAGCAGCAGGACGCACCUACCUCCCCGGGUGACCGCCGCUCGCUCCAGACCCCGCAUCUCUCCGAGCCACGGGGGGGCGCUGUCUGCCCCAGCAGAGAGCACGGCCUGGCUGCACUGUGAGGCGCAGGGGGAGCCCAGGCCCAGUGUCUUCUGGAGCAAAGGGGACUCAGGAGCCCUGAUAUUUGGGACUUCCAGGAUCCCACGGUUUAAGGUCCUGCCCAAUGGGACCCUGGUCAUCCACCAGGUGCAGCUCCAGGACAAAGGGAACUACAUCUGCAGCGCCUACAACUCCAUGGGACUGGACAGAAUGGUGACCACUCUGGACGUGCGCACGCGGCCUCCUCGCAUGCAGCUCCCCAGCCUCCGCGAGCUAACCGCUCAGCAGGGCGGGGACCUGGCCUUGGACUGCCGCGCCGAGGGAGAGCCCGCCCCUCUGCUGUCAUGGGUGCUCCCUGACCGCUCCGUGCUCUCCUCCCCCGCCUCGACUCCUCGCAUCUCCUUGGACACCAACGGUACCCUGCGCCUUUCCCCCGUAUCACCCAGUGACCGUGGUACGUACCGCUGUGUUGCAUCUAACUCGGCAGGAGCAGCCAGCGCUUCGGUGAACGUCCACGUGUCGUCUUUACCCCCUUCCAUCCAACAGCCCAAAGAAGAGUCCUUGGUGUUAUCUGUGGGCGCGCCACUGUUCGCGCACUGCUCGGCUCGCGGUGCACCGAGUCCCUCUAUGCGCUGGAAAACUCCCAGUGGAAUCUAUGUCAGACCGUCGCAAUUUCUCCACGGAAACUUGUUCGUGCUUCCAGACGGCACGCUGCAUAUCCGAAGCGUUGGACCAAAGGACGCAGGGAGCUACGAAUGCAGCGCGACCAAUGCUGUAGGUGUCCAAAAGCGGGUGGUCAGAGUCGAGCUGCGCCAAAGUCAAGCAGAAGAAAACAGGAUCGAACAGGAGGUUUCCUCGAGUAAAGACAACAUGCAGACAAACCUUGAGCUGGAAAAUGCAUUAAAUUCUUCAGACUUAGCUGCGCCGCCUCCCAUUGAGAGGCCCCAGACCGAAGUGGAUGUGGUCGGUGCCAAGAUCUGGGAAGACAAAACUACGGGUUUAGCGGUUCCUUCAAAGCGUCCACCUGUAUCUCAGUUUAGCAAAGCCCUGAUUGUGGCGACCAGCACAAAGCAGUCAGGAGAGCGCAUGGAGCUUCACUGUCGCGUCACUGGAAACCCACCGCCCAGUGUCAUCUGGAGGACGCCCAGCCGCAAACUGGUGGAUGCGCACUACAGUUUUGACCGGCGUCUGAAGGUGCACCCUAACGGCACCCUGUCCAUGGAGGAUGUCACUGAAAAGGACGGGGGAGACUACCUAUGCAUCGCCCGCAACAAGGUGGCCGACGACUACAGACUGGUGCGGGUGACGGUGGCCCCCAACCCUCUGCUGAAACCGCCUGCCCUUGCACCGGUUCGGCAACUGGAUCAGCAAACUGCGCUAACACCAGAAAUUCAUUUCAACAGCCAACGGAAUCGCCAACACGGCCAACGACCUCUUGUUCAACCCAAUCGCCAACCGAAUAACCUACCUUUCAAAGACGUGAUCCUUCAAACACAUCGCCAACCGAAUCCCCAACCAGCCCUUUCAGCUUUCCUCCAACCAAAUCGCCAAUCUUCCCCACCACUUGUCAUCCGAGCGGCCACCAUCCAGCAGAGGCAGCCUGUCCAUCACCGCGUGUCCUUGGGUAAUCCGCUCCAGGUGGACUGUGAGGCCUUGGGGGAGCCGGCCCCCUGGGUGCGCUGGAGCCUCCCUGACGGCAGCAGGGCGGGGCAAGGGCCAGAGCACCUCAGGGCGGGAGAGGGGCCAGAGCACCUCAGACGCCUGAGGGUGUUCCCCAACGGCACGCUGCUGCUGAAGGCUGUGGGCCGGAGGGACGAGGGGGAGUACACCUGCACCGCCGAGAACCAGGCCGGCCGGGACGCCAUGAAGAUCAAAGUCACACUCUUGUCCACUCCACCCACAUUCACCGAUGACACAGCCUACCGCACCCUCCGAGUCCAGCUGGGGACCACCGCCAAACUGCCCUGCGCGGCCUCCGGAGACCCCACCCCUUCCAUCACCUGGCUGUCCCCCGCCAACCGCAUCAUCCCGUGGACGUCGCGAUCCGGGCUUUACACCGAGCGAGUGGUGGUGGCGCCGGGUGGAACGCUGGAGCUGCGCAUCGCCCAAAGACAAGACACCGGCAAUUACACCUGCCGCGCCGCCAACGAUGCCGGGAUCAUCAGCAAAGUGGUUCGGGUGGAAGUGGAACUGCCAAGCGUUGUGCGAAAUUCAGUCCCGGGGUAUCGCGGCCCGGGUCUCAACACGCCACUGGGGGUGGUACGGAUAGGUGUGAGCGGAGGCAGCAAUGUCGGAUUCCGUGCUGAGAACUUUGCAAUGAAUAGACAUAAUACUGGAGGGCAAAGUGUGGUUUUGAAGGCGGUGACCAACAAUAACGAGGUUGGCGCCGGCCAGAGAGUUUUCCUCCACUGUCCAACCCUGGGUAGCUCACCUUCCCACCUGACCUGGCUUGUACCCGGGAACACUGCUUUGCUGAACACACCCUAUCGCAGCGACCGCAUGGCUGUACAUCACAACGGGACUUUGGAGAUAAGAAGUGUGAGCGCGGAGGAUCGUGGACGCUACAUGUGCGCGGCGAGGGGCGAGAGCAGACUGCGGGUGGAGCUGGAUGUGAAGGAUGUGGAGCUGAGUCAAGUCGAGGCAAAUCGGGAGCAAGGGAAAGUUCUGAAACCUGCCUCCCGUGGCACGUCUACUGAACAAGUGGUCAGCUCAAAAACAGCUGCGCUUGUCAGUAUUAUAAACGGGGAAACGUUACGCCUGCCCUGUCCCAAGCAGGCGGGCUCCCAAGGGCCUGUGUCCUGGAGCCUUCCCAGCGGGCAGAGGCUGAGCAGCUCCGAAAGCCGAGGCCAGUACUCAGUGCAAGUGGACGGAACGCUCACGGUACUACAGGCCUCCGUGUUCGACAGGGGCACGUACACCUGCAGGGUGCGGUCCCCAUCUGGCCUGCUGGAGGUGGUGGUCCCUGUCAUCGUCAUCGCCUACCCGCCCAGGAUCACGUCCGGCCCAGCCCCGCUCACGUACACACGCCCCGGGACGGCGGUGGAACUGCCCUGCCUCGCCAUCGCUACCCCCAGAGCCAGCAUAGCGUGGGAGAUGCCCGACACCAGCAAAGUGACGGUGCAGGGACAGGCACGGCUCUACGGUCACCGGUACCUCACCGCACAAGGAUCCCUUGUGAUCCAGAACCCCAGCAGUCGGGACACGGGCUUCUACCGCUGCACGGCCAAAAACGUGAUUGGAGCAGACACAAAGGCCACGUAUCUCCACGUCAUAUGA